AUGGGUCGUGUCAUUCGUGCUCAGCGUAAGGGUCCCGGAGGAAUCUUCAAGUCGCACACUCGCCUGCGCAAGGGUGCCGCCAAGUUGCGCUCCCUCGAUUUUGCCGAACGUACCGGUUACAUUCGUGGAAUCGUCAAGGAGGUUAUCCACGACCCCGGUCGUGGCGCCCCCCUCGCCAAGGUCCAGUUCCGUGACCCCUACAGAUACAAGAUGCGCACUGAGACUUUCAUUGCCACUGAGGGUACCUACACUGGCCAGUUCAUCUACUGCGGUAAGAAGGCUGCCUUGAGCGUUGGUAACGUUCUUCCUUUGGGCUCCAUGCCCGAGGGUACCGUUGUCUGCAACGUCGAGGAGACCGUCGGUGAUCGUGGUGCUCUCGCCCGUACCUCCGGAGGUUACGCCACCGUCAUCGGCCACAACACCGAUGAUGGCAAGACCCGCAUCAAGCUCCCCUCCGGUGCCAAGAAGGUCGUCUUCUCGACUGCCCGUGCUACCGUCGGUAUUGUUGCUGGAGGUGGUCGUAUUGACAAGCCCCUCUUGAAGGCCGGUCGUGCUUACCACAAGUACCGCGUCAAGCGCAACUCGUGGCCCAAGACUCGUGGUGUUGCUAUGAACCCCGUCGACCAUCCCCACGGAGGAGGAAACCAUCAGCACAUUGGUCACGCUUCGACCAUUGCCCGCGAUGCCGUCCCCGGUCAGAAGUCUGGUCUCAUUGCUGCCCGCCGUACCGGUUUGCUUCGCGGUUCCAAGAAGCUCAAGGAGUAA